GGAAAAAGAAGCUGUAUGCGGACGAACUCGCCGCUGCGCGCAGCCGACGGGAGAGCCAGCACAGCAUCCCGUCCUCCUCUUCGCGAGAGAUGGAGCGCCGAGGCCGAGCAACGUAUGCCCGACCGACCUACGAUGACCGCCGCCAGUCUGAUCAGCACGCCGUCUACCUUAACCCGGCCAGGUCGCACGCCGGAUCCUCCUCAAUACCAAGGUCGGACAGCGCCAGCCGCUCGCACACCGCGAGUCCUUCCCCGCGCGCCCCUUCCAUGUACUCGAACCAGUCUUCGUCAGAGGAUGUUCGGCUGCGCGAAGGUCGGAAUAGCCGACGAGCAUCCAUGGCGUCAGAGUCUUCGCCACUGCCCACGUAUCCCUCCAUGCCCAUGAUCCCUGUCAUGCCGCAGUACGUCAUGGACAUGCCGUUGCUCCCUCCCGCGGCCCCCUUCAUGCGUCAGCAGCACGGACAGCGCCCGCGUUCCUCCAACUCGCCCUCUCCCGCCCGCGGAAGCCUACCUAACAGCCACAGCUCGGAUCGCAUCCAUCAACCCAGCCCCCACCUCUCCGCACCGCAGCACGGGCACCAUCGCCAUUCCAGCAGCGACGACUACCGCAGGAGAGACUCUUCAGGUUCUCACGGGGGUCCGCCGUCAGAAGGGAGCGGCUCGUCACUGGGGAGGCCGCCUCCCCCACGGCAGCAGUCGCUGUUGUUGGGACCCACCACCCCUUCAUAUUUCUCCCAGAACAGACCAUCUUCAUAUCGCCGCUCGACGGCUAUCAACUGAUUCGCGCAGUGCUUCGGACAUCUUCCCCCUUCUGUCAGCGUAGGUGAUCUCCUUGUAAUGCCACUCUUUUUAAUUUGCCCGAACGGACUGGUUGUCAGUAGCUACCGCACCCUGUCCUCUGAUUCUAUAGCCCACUCGAUCCUCAACACGACUCUUCGCAUCCCCGAACAAUCUUGACCCUACAGUACCCCCAAUCCCUAGUAUCCUUUGAAUUUUCUUUAUAUCUUUCGCAUCCACCAUCAUGGACCGAGAUAUCAUGUGCCACAAGUACCCACUCAAGCUUUUUUUAAACAUCUCGUUCAUCCUACGUUUCUACGUGCUCAUCCGUCUCGUCGCUUCCUACCUACGCACUUUCCUUGACCUCCCUACCUCCUCAUGCAGCAUCCACAAAGAGACAAUUAGAGUGUCUGUCCGUUGUU